GCGCAGCGGGCAGCGCGGGGUGUGUGUGUGGUGGUGCGGGGGGGACCUGUCGCGCCAUGUCGCGGCGAUAGCGGGGCCAUGUCGCAGCACCGGCGGCGAUAGCACCAUGUCGCAGCGCGGGGGGGAGCGCGACCGCGAGCGGGAGCUGCAGUGGUCGGCGCGGAGGAUGGGGACGUCGCUGCUGCUGCAGCUGUCGGCCCACGAGCGGGAGCUCGACCUCGUCUGCCUCGACCACAGCUACGCCAAGCCCUGGAGCGCGCACCCCGACGCCAGCGCCGCCCGUCCCACCCGCAUGCUCUUCCUCACGCCGCGGCGGCAGCCCGGCGCCGCCCUCGAGGCCGACGUCCCCAUCGACGUGGAGACGGUGACGCCAGUGGCCGUGCCGCUCUACGACAACCAGAAGGCGCGGAGCGUGAUGAACGAGUGCGAGCGCCACGUCAUGUUCGCGCGCACGGACGCUGAUGCUCCUCCACCCCCCGACGACUGGGAAGAGCAUGUCAACAGGACAGGGUGGACGAUGGCCCAGAACAAGCUGUUCAAUAAGAUUCACAAGGCUCUGCAGUCUGACAGGCUGGCUCGCUUGGCUAAUGAAGGGGCUUGCAACGAGCCGGUCCUGAGGAGGAUAGCAGUGGACAAAUGCGCCCGGAGGGUCCGCCAGGCUCUGGCCAGUGUCAACUGGGACACCAAACUGAUCCAGUGGCUGCACACAACGCUGGUGGAGACCCUGAGCUUGCCAGUGCUGGCUGCUUACCUGGAUGCUCUGCAAACACUUAAAGGAAAGAUCCCCACCCUGAUCGACAGGAUGCUGCUCUCCUCUACCACCAAGACAGGGGCAGCGGGUGCUGAGGCUCUGUCUCUGCUGCUGAAGAGACCUUGGGACCCAGCAGUGGGUGUCUUGUCACAUAAUAAACCAAGCAAAUUGCCUGGUUCCCCCCUCAUCCUGAUUGCUUCCUCUGGACCCUCCAACUCCAUGUUCCCCACUUCCCGACGGCACCGGUUCUGGCAGUCGCAGCUUUCCUGCCUGGGAAAGGUGAUUCCCAUCACCACCCAUCUGCUGAACAACGGCAGUGGGGUGGGGGUGCUGCAGUGUCUCGAGCACAUGAUCGGGGCUGUGAGGGGCAAAGUGGCCGAGAUUCACAGCCACUUCUCUCACAAGCCCAUCAUCCUGAUCGGGUGGAACACCGGUGCCUUGGUGGCCUGUCACGUUUCAGUGAUGGAGUAUGUCACUGCAGUUGUGUGCCUUGGAUUCCCCCUUCUCACCGUGGAUGGCCCCAGAGGGGAUGUUGAUGACCCCCUCCUGGAGAUGAAGACCCCUGUCCUCUUUGUGAUCGGGCAGAAUUCCCUGCAGUGCAACAUGGAAGCCAUGGAAGAUUUCCGGGAGAAGAUACGAGCUGAUAACAGCAUGGUGGUGGUGGGAGGAGCAGAUGACAACCUCAGGAUAAGCAAAGCCAAAAAGAAGUCAGAAGGCCUCACCCAGAGCAUGGUGGACCGGUGCAUCCAGGAUGAAAUAGCUGACUUCUUGACUGGAGUCCUCACCCGAGCAGAGAGCCACUCGGGCUCUGAUCCCCGGGACCUGGAUGCGGAGAAGAAGAAGAAGCCCCGAGACUCGACCAGGAGGGAUCUGUCCUUUGACCUGCCAGAAAGGAGCAGCAGACCUGCCUCCCCAGCAGCCAAAGUGCCUGCUUCACCUUCAGGCUCAGAGGACUUGUCCAGCAGCCCCACUUCAAGCCCCAAGACCAAAGUGGCCGCCGUGUCCUCCCUGCAGAAGCCCAGCCAGAUCGGCCCCACGCAGCUGCUGAAGAGGCACGUGCCGAGGCCGGACACUGUCCUCGCACACAAGCAGGCCCAAGCUCAGUUUGCUGCUUUUCUGAAACAAAACAUGCUGGUGAGGAAAGCUCUUCCUCCUGGCACCUCUUCAUGUCUCUUUGUUCCAGUGUCCUCAGAGCACUCGGAAGGGGCUGACAAAGAUGAUGUGCGUGUGCAGCUGAAGAGGCACCAGACCCCCAGCCCGACCCAGUGCACCAAAUCCUCCAAACGAGCCAAAAUCAAGGUGACCAUUGUGUCUCACGGCGACGCUGCUGGCGUGGGGAACGGAGCAGCCCUCAGCACCCAGGCAGAAAUGGUCGCUGGGAAGCCGGUCCCCGUGGCUGUUGGCCAGGCUGUGCCGGGCGUGAAGGAGCUCUCAGGACUGCUCACCACCCCCAAGCUGAGUUCAGCAGCAGAAACCUCCUCCACGAGCCCUGCUCCAUCCUCUGGGAUCCCCAGCAGCACGACACCCAGCGCUUUCCAUGCCCUGCAGAGCAGGCUGGUGGCCAGCAGCACCCACUGCAUACAGGCCCAGCCGGCCAGUACCCUCCAAGGAGCAGCAUCUGCCAGCAGCCUCCUGCAAGGGCUGAGCUUCAGCCUGCAGGACAUUGGGACCAAGUCAUCUCCCCUUCCAGCCAGCGUGGCUGCUGCUGGGCAGCCCGUGCAGACCUCAGCUGUGAAGACACCUGCACCUAUCCAGAACCUGAGCGCUAUAACCACGGACACCGGUGCCAUUGUCCGCACCAUCCCCGUUGCCACCUCUCUGUCCUUGGGAGCCUCAGCAGGCGGGAAGCCCACGGCCAUUCACCAGCUGCUGACGAAUGGGGGACUGGCCAAGCUGGCCAGCAGCCUCCCUGGCUUGGCUCAGAUCUCCAACCAGGCAGCAGGCUUGAAGGCCCCCACAACCAUUACUGUGACGCUGCGAGGGCAGCCCAGCCGUGUGACCACCCUGAGCCAGGCUGCCAUGGGCACAGUCCAGCCCCAGCUCGAGGAGCAGCCGAUGCACACACAGGCCCCUCAGGCUCCAGACGGUGCUGGUGGGAACGUGGCCGGCCCAGCCUCCAGCGCCACCUCUCCUGGCAAGCUGCUGCCUCACAUGGAUCUCAGCAAAGCCCAGGCUGGCGCAGAGAUGGCUCCUGCCGACCCCGCGGCGCGCCUGGCCGCGGCAGCACCCGUAGUGACCACCACCAGCCCCAUGAAGACGCUCUACGUCAUGUCGGAUGCCAAGCUGUCUGCACUGACCAAGUCUGUGUUGGGUGAGGCUACCUCUGUCCCCCUCAAGCUGCCGGGCAUCCAGCCUUCCUCCUCCUCCUCCUCCUCUUCUGCCACCUCUGCCGCUGGUGCUGUCACCUUCGCCAGCACCCCCAGCCCUCCCGCCAGCCUGGUACACUCGAAGGUGGGCUCUGUCCUGCAAACUGCUUCCAAGACGGUCAUCCUGACCUCAACGCUGGCCACGGUGAAGGGUGAUGGACCCCUGGGACACAUCGGGGAGAAGGUCAGCUUGACCAAGAGCGCUGCAGCCCUUGGCCAUGCUCUGGGGGCAGUGGAGACCCUGGGGAGGGUUCCCUCUGUGGUGGACGACGGGAGCACCAUCAUCCACAGCAGAGAGGCUCUGGCCAACAGACACUUGCUGCCCCAAGGGGUGCUGCCAGGAGGGGCUGGCACCACGCUCAUAACGCUGGGCAGCAGCUCCUCCAUCAUCGCCACGGCAGGGCCCACACUCAGCCAGAAGCCAUAGGGACCCCAAGGAUCCCUAUGGAUUCACAACCAGCAUUUGGGAAGACUGAGCUCGGCUGCGGAGCGGGAUUGGAGCAGCCCCAUGGGACGGGCUUGGGCUGGAGCAAAGCGGGGGGGUGGUUAACUGGUUUUGUUGCUGUUUAAUAAAACUUUCCUUUUCUUGUUCUUCUCUACUCCCCUAAUUGCCCAUGUCCCUUCCCAAAGCAGCUUCAGUGUAUCCCAGCCCUCGCCUGCUUUUCCCAGCAGCUCAUGUGUGAAACGAGGGAAGCAGCAGAAGGGGUGACACAAAAGUGCUGAGCCACAAAGUGGGGGCUCAGACGAUGAGGUGAGGCUGAGAUUGGCACCAUGGUUUGGAUAAAUGUGUGUGUCCCCACACACACAGAGCUUAUGGCUGUGAAUUGGUCUCUGUGGGAAUCAGGGAUAAUCCCGCUGCUCUCUGCAUCUCCAUCCCAUUCUGCAGCUCUGCUGCACCCUGAGCACUUGACUCCUGCUUCCCAACAGGAAUGUGGGGUGUGAUGCAGCAUUUGCUGGCCAGGAGGCUUUUGGGGAGCACAGUUCCCAGUGGAUGGAAACCCCCGGUGCCAGGACAGCCCUGAGGGGCUGACAUCUCCGCUCACUUCCUCAUCCUGACACUCAUGAGAAGAUCCCGCUUUUGGCUCAGCUUCGCCGGGACAGGACCCACCAUGGCAGGAACAGGGUGUUUGCUACAGGGACCCCAGAAAUGAAGCAGGAGCAUGAGAGUUUUCCUUGCUGAUGAGGAGGAGGAAGAUGCUGUGGGUCCUUCCCUACCCCUCCCAGGCUACACAUCUGCCACUCCGGAUCCUGUCAUGCUUUUGGGGACGGUCCCUCUUUGCCUUCAUAGCCACCACCAUGAAGAGUAGCAGUCUUGAGGUGUUUUUAACAGCUCAAACCAUCUCUUCCAGGCUUGAAGUCACAGUUUCUCAGCUGCACUGACAAUAGGGACGUGGCAUCUCCAGUGUCCUCGCUCCCAGACGUGGAUGCAGCUCUCCAUGGGAAGACUCCAGCCCCGUGGCCACGUCCUCCCUCACAACCCAGGUUCAUGGGAUGUGUUUUGGCAGAGAAGCUCUUGCGGUGCAGCUCGGGGGGUCUGCAGCAUGUGUAAAGCCUUUCCAACGUCCAGGCUGGAGCAUCCAGGAGUGGUUGGGACCUUGGUGCUGCUCUUCCCAAGUCCAACACGUUGAGUGUCACGGAGUGACCGGUGCUGCAUGGGGCUAAUUCUCCUUUUCCAUUGUAUACCCCAAAGCUUUUCCUUUUCCAUGGAUACAGCAGAAAUGGUGCUUAGAAGCUGACUUACUGCUCCUGCUCCACCUGAAGCCAUAAUGUUCUCUGGUGUCAAGCAAGUCUGUCAGUCCUGCCUGGCUUCAGUAGCACCACCAGGACAGCGGUGAGUGGAUGCAUCCAUGGGGAGCAGCCACGGGAGGAGUCCCGUAGCUCCAACAAAGCCCUUGGGUCACUUGGAACAGCUCGAUGGGAGCUCCUCGAGGCAAAAAGCACCAUGAAGCAGCUGCAGUUCCCCCACACCUGAUGCAGAAAAGCCUCUCCAGCCCCAGGGGCAGGUCUUGACCCAUCCCCGCGGCAUCACCAAACACCUCUGGGGUUCCUCCAGAUCCAGGCAUCCCCCCAAACCCUGCCCUGACCCAAGGACAUCCCAAACUCCACCGGGUCAGAACCAUCCAGCCAGUUUUAUCCUGGUCACUGCCUUUGCCCCUGGCUCAGCCGCUGGGGCGGGUCGAGGUGUGGAGCAGCCAGAGCAGACACCCAACGUGGUCCCAACCCCUGAGGAACCUCUGGAGCCAGGAUGGAGGCACCUUGUGAGGUGCCCAAAUGGGCUGUGGCUGCCCCAUCCCUGGCAGUGUUCAAGGCCAGGUUGGACACAGGGGCUUGGAGCAACCUGCUCUAGUGGAAGGUGUCCCUGCCCGGGGCAGGGGUUGGAACUGGAGGAGCUUUAAGGUCCCUUCAACCCAAACCAUUCCAGGAUUCUAUCCCUAGCAAAAUAGAAACCUCCACAACUA